CAUACAAUUAAAGCUUCAAAGAAAACUUGAAGAAAAUCAUGAGUGACUACAUGGAUUACUGCACCGAUUGUAAGAAACAAACAGAAGUGGUAGAUGAUCAUGUGUCGGGAGAUACAAUCUGCACUAAUUGUGGCUUAGUUCUUGACCAUCACUUCGUCGAUCAAACUUGCGAAUGGCGAACUUUUGCCGACUCCGAAAAGGACGAUCAUGAUCCUAACCGCGUCGGCAACGUCUCUAAUCCGCUCUUAUCCCAUGGUAACCUUUCCACAACAAUUGUAGCAAAACCCGGACAAAAGCUUGCUGAUGAAUUUAAUCUCAAGAACCAUGAUUUGCUUACAAACCCUGACAAAGUAUUGACGGAGGGUUUUGAAUCAAUAAGUAGAAUGGCGGAAAGGCUAAGUAUUGGUAAAAGUAGCAAGAUUAGAGCUGAUGAGAUCUACAAAAAUUUACUGGACAAGAAAUCUUGCAAAGGAAAGAAUGUGAAGUCGAUAUUGGCAGCGUGCUUGUUCGUUGCUUGUAAAGAGAAUAAAAUGCCGAGAACUGCCAAGGAGAUCUGCAGUGUUGCACAAGGGGUUUCAAGAAAAGAAAUAAAUAGAGCUGCCGAUUUUAUCAAGAAACAAACAGACAUUGAUGUGAUUGCCAGUGCCGAAUGUUUGAAUGGAAGGGGGCUUGUAAGGCGAUUCUGUUCGAAUCUUGGCAUGAAAAACCAGGACAUGAAAGCCGUACAAGAAGCUCUUGAGAAUUCUAAAGAAGUUGAUAUCAGGAGGAGUCCAUGUUCUAUCUUGGCUGCCAUUAUCUUCAUAAUCGCUCAACUUUCAGUCCUCGAGAUUCCUCUCCGAGAUAUUGCAAUGGCUUCUCAAGUUGCGGAACAGACAAUCAAGAAGUCGUAUAAGGAUAUUCGUCCUCACGCUUCAAGGAUCGUGCCGCAGUGGUACGCCAUGGAACAUGAUCUCGACAAACUCUGCAAACCUUAAAAGUCCUUCGUUCAUGCCUCGUUGGUUUUCCAUGGUGUAUUUUGUUUUCGGCAGAAUUUUCUUUAAUUCGUUUAGAGUAAUUUUUAAGAAAGAAAAAGGGUCAAAUAAGCCCCUAACAUUUAGCCUAUAUGUCAAAUAGGCCCUCAACGUUCGAAAAGGGUCA